AUGCCCGCCUCUGGCGGCGCCACUGGGGGUGCAUCUUUUCUAUUUCACCUCCAGCUGCUUACGUCAAUAGGAUGGUCAGCGAUCUGGUGGAUUGUGACAUUAGGUCUUCUAAUCUUCAAAGCUCUCUACCUACCGUUUCCACCAGCUGCUCUCCCAAUGGAGAUAGUCGCGUCUUUCUUGGUUCUCCUUGUGAAUACUUUUGGUGUCCUCAUAGGGAUGCGUGGAAACAAAACGGAAGGCACCUCAGCGAUAGUCAUCAGUGCCGUUCUUUUAUCGAUUGCCGCUGUGGGGGCCAUUUACUACAUGUGGCUACAAACAUAUGUGCUGAUGAUGGAUUUGGCGUUUUCAGCGACCUACCUAGGGAUUAACUGUGUUGCGAUACUGCUUGGUUUUUGGGCUACUCAAAGUGUCGCCAGGCUUGCUCGAGUGCCUGCCUUCAAGCUUGAAGUCGAAAGCGGGAGGAGUGAGAAAAAGAAGAACUAG